AUGGUCUCAGACGACAACUCGCCACAGCUCGUAUCGGACUUUUUUCCGGGAACAGUCCUCCUUGUUGACCUUGAUGGCACCUUGGAAACUCGCCAUGCUCAAGCCCACCGAGAUAUCGUCCUUGUACCAACACCUUCUGAUGAUCCCGAUGAUCCGUUGAAUUGGAGCAGGUGGAGAAAGACUUUACUCAUGACAACUCUAUGCGUAUACUGCCUUGCCGUUGGUAUUGCUUCGGCCGCAAUUUACUCCGUCCUUGUUCCAAUCUCAGCUGCCACUGGCCUCACUGUCGGUGAUCUGAACUAUGGAACUGGAUACAUGUUCUUGACCUUUGGCUGGGGAUGUCUGAUUUGGCAGCCUCUGGCACAGAAGUUUGGCAAACGCCCUGUGUACCUUUUGUCCUUAUUGGGAACAACCGUCCUCCAAGGGACCUUUGGUGCUCCGAUCGAGUCACUCUGCGAAAUCUCCGUAUCAGAUGUCUACUUUGCACACGAAAGAGGCACCUAUAUCGCUUAUUACGCUUUGUUCCUCGGAGGCUCAAACUGUGUUGCACCUGUCAUCUCUGGCUUCAUCAACGACGGGCAAGGUUGGGAAUGGGUGCUGACAUUCCUCGACAAAAUCAAGAUUUUCCGAAGCGAGCACGUUCAAGGCAGCGUUCCCCUCAAGGGCAUGCUAAUUCGGCCCUUCAAGUACUUCUCCCUGUCCAUUGUUGUGUUCUGUGGCUUCAUGUACGGCGCUGUUGUUUGCUACUUCAAUGCCCUCAAUGGAACAGCGUCGAUCAUUCUCUCGGCUCCUCCGUAUUCGUUCAAGCCAAGCUCUGUUGGUCUUUGCUACAUCGCUAACGUCGUUGGAGUCUUUCUCGGGUCAUUCUUUUCUGGUCCAGGUGGAGACAAGCUCGUCCUAUACCUGACCCGCCGUAACAACGGCAUCCGAGAGCCUGAAUACCGCCUCUGGCUUUAUGCUGUUCUGCUCCUACUCGUACCGGGUGGAUUACUACUCUGGGGCGUCGGAGCUGCUCAUCAAGUUCGCUGCUGUCAGAUUCCCCUUAGUUACUGCAUCGACUGCUAUACCGAACUUGGCUCUGAUGCCAUUGUCACAAUCAUUCUGAUUCGCAACACAAUGAGCUUUGCCAUGGGCUAUGGCGUCACUCCCUGGGUCACAGGAAUGGGCUAUCAGAGCGCUUUCCUUGUUGCAGCCUUUGUUGCGAUGGCGCAGUUUUCUCUUGCUUUUGUCUUCAUCAAGUAUGGCAAACAACUUCGACGUAAGAGCACUGCGAGCUAUUUCAAGUACCUCAAGCAGGUCAAGAACGACGGUCUUAUUCACUAG